AUGUGCAAAACGGAGAGCGUGCGUAGCGCUGAACUAAAAGGACUACUUGAUCGAGCCACCAAUUUGCUGCGAGAACAGAAGGAUGCAGCAGAGCAGAAAUUCUUGUCUCUACAGGCUGUGGUUCGUAGGCAGGAGGAGCACAUUUUUGAUCUUUAUCGACGCUUAGAAGAGCGAGAUGAUGCACUGAGGAGAACGAAAGCUAGCGGAUCUCAUUCUUCGGAGCAUUUUCGACCCUCCCGAGUCCCGUCAGAAAUCCGUUCAUUUGAUAGUAGUCUGUCCGAUAUCUAUGUGCCAAGAGAUGUGAUCUGUGGUUUAAGUCCCAGUGAACUUCGCUCCAGUGAAGAAGAAGUGGGUAUAGACCUGGAGGAGACUGUGUAG